UUUACCAGCCAGUGUUACCUUUGACGGUCGAACGUGUGGUUGUCUGAUGCCAGUGACGUCGACGUCGACGCUCGUGCAACACGUCUAUAAUGUUACGAAGAACUCAGUCGGACUCGUGAGUGAAUGAUAAUAUUAAUUUAUUAUCAACCAUACCUGGAACACAGUGACAAAUAUUGACCUUACCUUGGAUUUGGAUUUUUAAUCACCUGUGCAGUGGCAAAAUAAAAAUUAAAAACAGUGCAGUGAACCGAAGGAUUACAAGUGACAUAACGUGGAUUGAUGCAAAAAUUUGUGAUCUCUGUGGAAAUAUUUAAACAAAAGUGGAUGUCGUAAAAGGAGGUGUUUUGAAACGGCAGGACGGCGAAUUCUGCUAAUACGGCUGCAUACGCAGGACACAAAAUUAGCUACUCGGGAGCCGCAGCUCCCGAUACUGGAAAACAGAAUUAUUAUCAAGAAAACAUAGGAUACAGAGUAAAUACGCAAAGCAGUUAUGGGUGCCAUGGCGGUUCGAACGCGAUGAGCGGCGGGGGCGAGAACGCGCAGUUCGGCGCCACCGCCGCGAUGGUCGCCGCGGCCACCACGGCCGCGAUACAGGAUUCACAGCCAUUCUCGCAGAUGCAAAGCAAUAUGGCUAUGGGUAAUCCCCAAUACAGUGCGAUGAAUGGCUACGGUCAGCAACGAAGCCAUAACCCCGCCAUGACAGGAAUGGGCAUGGGCAGUAACGGGGGAAUGAAUGGAAUGAACGGCAUGAAUGGCAUGACCGGCAUGACUGGAAUGGGCCAGAUGGGUAAUGCCUCCAUGAACGGUAUGAAUCCGAUGGCCCAGAUGGCCAAUAUGGGCAUGCAUGCUAACAUGAUGCCGUCUCAAAUGGGCCCUGCCCAAAUGGGAGGGUCGACAAAGAUGGGACCCGGCUACCAAAGGCGACACACGCCUUACCCAACGGGUACCAUGCUGAUGGGAUCGCGAAAGAGUCAGUACAUUGGUGGACAACCGGGUUUCGGACCCGGGCAAUACCCGUCUGGAUAUGGCGGUCGACCUGGCUUCCAAGGCCAAUACCCUCCGCAACAACCUCUGGGACCAAGUGGGAACUUCGGCCCGACGAUGAGAGGGAACAUCAGACAAUCAACGCCGCCUUAUUCCAAUCAAGGGCAAUACUAUAACGGUGCUGUCCCGAACCAUUUUCCUCAACAUCAAGCUAAUUCAGCACAGUAUGCAGGGCAGUAUAGUGGUCAAUUCGCACAAGAGGUAGCAAUGCGAACUAACAAUUACCAACACAGUCCUGUACCUGGUAAUCCAACGCCGCCUUUGACGCCAGCAAGCAGUAUGCCACCGUACAUUAGUCCCAAUGCUGAUGUAAAACCUCAUUUCAACGAGCUCAAACCACCGAUGGGUAUGCAAAAUGACGAGCUUCGACUAACAUUCCCUGUAAGAGAUGGUAUCAUCUUACCACCAUUUAGAUUAGAACAUAAUUUAGCAGUUAGCAAUCACGUGUUUCAACUGAAGCCGACAGUCCAUUCUACGUUAAUAUGGAGAUCGGAUCUAGAACUACAAUUAAAAUGUUUCCAUCAUGAAGACCGACAAAUGAAUACGAAUUGGCCGGCGAGUGUUCAAGUUUCGGUGAACGCGACACCGCUUAUGAUAGACCGAGGGGAGAACAAAACCUCACAUAAACCAUUGUACCUGAAAGAAGUUUGUCAACCCGGGAGGAACACGAUACAGAUCACAGUGUCGGCUUGUUGUUGUUCUCACCUAUUCGUCCUACAACUUGUGCAUCGGCCGAGCGUACGAAGUGUUCUACAGGGAUUAUUAAGAAAGCGAUUAUUGACAGCGGACCAUUGUAUUGCUAAAAUUAAGAUGAACUUUAAUCAAACGUCUAGUGGGAAUAAUGGUACUAAUACCCCAAAUGAUAGAGAUAGUAUUGAACAAACUGCGUUAAAGGUAUCGCUUAAGUGCCCGAUAACGUUUAAGAAGAUAACUUUACCUGCACGAGGGCACGAGUGUAAACACAUACAGUGUUUUGACUUGGAAUCAUACCUUCAGCUUAACUGCGAGAGAGGAUCGUGGAGAUGUCCAGUUUGCAACAAACCAGCUCAAUUAGAAGGACUAGAAGUUGACCAGUACAUGUGGGGCAUUCUCAAUACUUUAAAUACGUCGGAUGUUGAUGAAGUCACGAUUGAUAGUGGAGCGAAUUGGAAAGCAGCAAAGAAUUCAGCUAAUCCUAGUAUAAAGCAAGAAGACGACAGCAACGACAGCAUGGGGAAACGAGGCAAGGCGAUGUCUCCUGGCUCCAUGAAUAUGCCAACUAUGAACAAUUGGGAUAUGAACCAGGCGUUAUCACCAUACUUACCUCCAGAUAUGAACACCAUAGCAAGUGGCUCGAUGAUCUCUUCGUACAAUCAGAGUAGUCAGAAUAGAGCGUCAAGUUCGAAUCAAAAUUACGAUUUUGGCAUGAACAACGGACCGGGAAGUAAUGAGUACGCCGGAAAUGGCCCGCUCUCACACCUCAAUGAUAGUGUCAAUUCCCUGGACCCUCUAAACGCGAUGGAGAAGAGUCUCAACGAACAAAUGCCCCACACACCUCACACACCACACACGCCUGGGUCCGCACAUACCCCAGGUGGCGGUGGUGCGCACACACCAGGCUCCAGCCAUACUCCAGGUCCUCCUUCCGUCGGGCAUCAUUCCCUCAAUGAUGUCGACAUACCUGCUGAUUUGAACUUUGAUCCUGCAGCAGUUAUUGAUGGCGAGGGGACGGAUAACCUUAAUUUGCUGCCAGAGACGAGUGUGGACCCCAUGGAGUUGUUAUCGUAUCUAGACGCUCCGGCGCUAGGAGAACUACUUGCGACGCCGCCGUCGUCGUCAUCUUCGGCAGGGUCACACCCCCCUCGCGCUCCUUCUUCGGACGAUCUACUCGCGCUCUUCGAAUGAGUCACAAGAAUGUGCCUGGGCCCUUAGGCCUCGUAUUCCAGAUGAGUCCGUAUCUAGUUUCGAACAUCUAUUUCUAUGAAAUGUUGACAGUGUUUACGACAAGUGAAGUACGUUUUGGAAUAUGGGCCUUAGAUAGUAGCCCUCAGACAUAGCGGAGAACUUUAAAUCGAGUGGCCUACUUUGGCGCCUAUUAAGCUCCUCGAGAGCUCCACAUUGUGAUAUUAGAUUUUAGUUUUUCCUCCACGAGCGUCGAUGUCGAAUGUCACCGUUUGUAUUGACAGCGGCUGUCAGCUGUCAUGAAUCUCUAAUGUCACGGUGACAUUCGGCGUGGUCUAACGCAGCGUCUCGUUGAAACAACGACGCUGGGGAAAUGUUAUAGUUAUAUAGGUAAAGGUUUCGAAGGCCGUACCGCGGUGUGUAUGUAUGUUCCUCGCGUCAGUCACGCGCGCUAUCAUUGUUCUCAACGGAGUAAACAAAUUAAAUUAAUUCUAAACUCGUUCAAUGAAGUAAUUCGUAUUAUAACGUGUAUAGUUUACAAUGUAAAUAGUGAAAUAUUUUAUUUUCCUAGUGGUUCCAGUUUAGUCAAGAGACCGCUAGCCAAUAUGUACAUAUAGUUUACGCGGCGGUCUCGAGUGGCAUAAUGAAUAUUAUAGUUCCUAUAGAAACUAAAGAACUAUAACGUUCACUUGCCCCUUCAAUGAAAUAUUCCUUAAAGUUUUCACAUUUCUGCAUUUUUAAAUAUUAAGAUAUGCUAGGAGCCGUGAGUAUCAUUGCUCAGGGAUUGGGUGAUAUAUUCUAAAUGAGUUGUUUGAGAUCAGUAACCGGUAACUGUUGUUACUAAACUAUAUUGUAAAUGUGAGUGCAAAAACACUGUUAAAUUAUUUUGUGUUAUGUGAAUUGAAGAAUGAUAGAAAUAUAUUUUAAUUUCUAUAUUAAAAGAGUAAUAAUUAAAUGUAUUAUUUGUAAAUACCAAUUUAGAUAAGAAUAUUAUAUUAUGACCUAGUUAUAUUUAGAACAUGGCAGAUACUUAUAUGAUGGCCAGUUUUAGUGUAGUAUUACUAAAUUAAAUGAAAUCUACACAUGGUUUUACAUGUACAGAACACCAGAAAGUAAUUUAAGCUUCAGAGUACAGAUGACAUUAGGUUUGUACUUAAACUUCUUAAAUCCCUUAAAUUAUCUCUUGCAUUUGCAUUUACAUACAUUAUUUAAACUCUGACAAAAUUCAACCCAUUAUUUAUGAAUCUGAAUCCUAAUUGGCUCUUCUUUGUCUAAAAUAUCUAAAUAUAUUGUUAUCUGUACCCUGAAAUGUCAUCCGCAAACAAUAGGUAAUUCAAAUAGAUACAUACAAUUUAGUUAAAAUUUUCUUCAAAUUGUGCUCAUCAAUUCAAAUUAAUUUAUUAAAUCUCUUCGUGAUCCGUAAACUAAAAGCAAUAAGUAAUAGUUAACAAUAGUGACAUUCUCCAUUAUUUCCUAAAAUAAUUGUUGUUUGAUGAUGAGCAUAAAGUUGACAAAAGUUACUUAUUUCACAUAUUUUCAAAUGUUCAGUUGUAUGUUUGCCUAAGCGCGCCAUAGUCAAGAUGUAAAAAUGAUUACAAUUUUAAUUACUGUAACAGAACUUCUUAGGUAACCUUUUUGUAGUUGUCACAUAAAAGAUAAAGAUUCAUUUACAGAUACUUAACACUUUCUAAACAUCUCUAUAUCUAAGAUUCUUAAAUGUAACUCUGUCGAUUUUCUAACAUUUGUAAAAAUUGGUGAUUUGUGCAUCUUUAAUACAUGCUAUGAAUAUGGGCGCCUCUUUAGAUUAGUCACCUAUUAUGAAAACAAUAAAUUAGUAUACAUGAAGCGGUGAUCAGUUUCCUCACGUAACUUUAAUAAAACUACAAAUUCCAAGUUAAGUAUGGCAAAGGUAUUGAUCACUGCUUUAGAGUUAAACUUAUAAUACUUUUAAGGGACCUUCAAUUCCAGUUAGCUAGUUCUAUUUAUUGUAGUUAAUAUGCUGUUGGAUGGAUCAUUAUAUUGAGUCUUUGUAUGACCAAAUAGUAAUUUUUUUACAUGUUUACCUAUUUUUUAGGUAAAAUGAAAGUUUAUAUAAAAUGAAAAUAUCAUAAAAAUGUAGAGCAUAUCACAGUAAACAGAAGACAAAGAGGAUAUUACAUGAUCCAUCCAAAUGAGUAAAUUAUUACAAUAUAUUUUGUUGAAUAUUAUAAUGAACAGCUGUGGAGUUUGUAGAUUUGACAAAUUGUAAAUCACAGCAUUUGGAAAUAAGUGAAACAGAUAUUCUAAAUAAUUAUGCAACCCAUGACCUAUAUCGAAAGCCAAAUUGUAAUGUAGAAAAUCCCGAAAUCGUUGUGAAUACUAGAAACCUGGUACCCCUACUGAAAUCAUUUUUAAAUAUGUAAAAUAAAAAACAUAACAUUUUUAUGUUAUUAAAAAUAAAAUGAAUCUAUAAAAAUAUAGUUGUUUUAUUAUUUCUA